AUGUGCUUAUUUUUAAACUCUGUAGGAUAUCCUGUCGUACCAAAGUACUAUUAUGUGCCUGCUGACUUUGUAGAAUAUGAGAAAAGAGAUCCUGGUAGUCAAAAACGAUUUCCUAGCAACUGUGGUCGUGAUGGAAAACUGUUUCUCUGGGGACAGGCUCUUUAUAUCAUUGCACAACUCCUGGCUGAUGAGUUAAUCAGUCCUAAAGAUAUUGAUCCUAUCCAGCGCUAUGUCCCGCCACAGAAUCAACGUAACGUGAGCAUGAGGUACUCCAAUCAGGGACCACUGGAAAACGAUUUGGUAGUCCAUGUAGCACUCGUAGCAGAAAGUCAACGCCUUCAAGUGUUUCUUAACACAUAUGGUAUUCAGACUCAAACUCCUCAACAGGUAGAACCAAUUCAGAUCUGGCCUCAGCAGGAGCUUGUGAAAGCUUAUUUUCACCUAGGUAUCAAUGAAAAGUUAGGACUCUCCGGAAGGCCAGAUAGACCCAUUGGCUGCCUGGGUACAUCAAAGAUUUAUCGCAUUCUAGGAAAGACAGUGGUUUGUUACCCUAUCAUCUUUGACCUAAGUGAUUUCUACAUGUCUCAAGAUGUUUUACUACUGAUAGAUGACAUAAAGAAUGCACUGCAGUUCAUCAAGCAAUAUUGGAAAAUGCAUGGACGCCCACUUUUUCUUGUUCUCAUCCGGGAAGACAAUAUAAGGGGUAGCCGGUUUAAUCCCAUAUUAGACAUGCUGGCAGCCUUCAAAAAAGGAGUGAUUGGAGGAGUCAAAGUUCACGUUGAUCGUCUACAGACACUAAUAUCUGGAGCUGUAGUAGAACAACUUGACUUUCUAAGAAUCAGUAACACAGACGAGCUUCCGGAAUUUAAGAGUUUUGAAGAACUAGAAUUUCCCAAACAUUCAAAAGUUAAAAGACAAAGCAGUACCCCUGAUGGCCCUGAACUGAAACAACAACCAAGCAUCACCAUUAGUGAAUGGAAAAACAAAUCAACCCAGGAAAUUCUUCAAAAGCUGAAUGACUGUGGUUGUCUGGCCAGCCAGACCAUCCUGCUGGGCAUACUACUCAAAAGAGAAGGUCCCAACUUCAUCACAAUGGAAGGUACUGUUUCUGAUCACAUUGAGAGAGUCUAUAGAAGAGCCGGCAGCAAAAAGCUUUGGUCGGUUGUACGCCGUGCAGCAAGUCUUUUAAGUAAAGUAGUGGACAGCCUGGCCCCAUCCAUUACUAAUGUUUUAGUGCAGGGCAAACAGGUAACUCUGGGUGCCUUUGGACAUGAAGAAGAGGUUAUCUCUAAUCCUUUGUCUCCAAGAGUGAUUAAGAACAUUAUCUAUUAUAAGUGUAAUACCCACGAUGAGAGGGAAGCAGUCAUUCAGCAAGAACUGGUCAUCCAUAUUGGCUGGAUCAUCUCUAAUAACCCUGAGUUAUUUAGUGGCAUGCUGAAAAUACGAAUUGGGUGGAUCAUCCAUGCUAUGGAGUAUGAACUACAGAUCCGUGGCGGAGACAAGCCAGCCAUAGACUUAUAUCAACUGUCACCCAGUGAAGUUAAACAACUUCUGCUGGAUAUUCUCCAGCCUCAACAGAGUGGAAGAUGUUGGCUAAACAGGCGUCAGAUUGAUGGGUCUUUAAAUAGAACUCCUCCUGGGUUCUAUGACCGAGUGUGGCAGAUCCUGGAGCGCACACCUAAUGGUAUCAUCGUGGCUGGGAAGCAUUUGCCACAGCAACCAACCCUAUCAGAUAUGACCAUGUAUGAGAUGAAUUUUUCUCUCCUUGUUGAAGACAUGUUGGGAAAUAUUGACCAGCCAAAGUACAGACAGAUUGUUGUAGAGUUACUAAUGGUUGUAUCUAUUGUACUGGAAAGAAACCCUGAACUAGAAUUUCAAGACAAAGUAGAUCUAGACAGCCUAGUGAAAGAAGCAUUUCAUGAAUUCCAAAAAGAUGAGAGUCGGCUGAAAGAAAUUGAAAAACAAGAUGACAUGACUUCCUUUUACAACACUCCCCCUCUGGGAAAAAGAGGAACAUGCAGCUAUUUGACCAAGGUGGUGAUGAAUCUGCUGCUGGAAGGAGAAGUCAAAGCAAGCAAUGAAGACACCUGUCUGGUUAGCUAGUGAGAAGGGAUAAGAGAAUCUAUCAGAACAGCUUUUCUAAAAGUGUGUUGAAGUUUGUGCUGAUGCUUCAUCAAGGUAGCCAUUAAUAUAUGAACUGAUCAUGCUAGUAAGGUGAUUUUGCAAUACCCUAGGCAGAGAGAGUAGAACAGUGCAUGCCAUUGCUAAUGUAAUGGUCGGAACUACUUUUAAUCAAGUGAGAACAAAGUUUUCAUGAUUAUGCCAACUAUCCUGAGAAGCUUCACUGAGCAAUAGAAAUAGUUUAUGAAUUGAAAUUCAUACUACUGCAUGUUUUAUGGUUAAGUAACCCAUCAAAAUGAAUAUGAUCUCUAGACUGAAUUCUCAUCUUCUUUGCUAGUAAAAUGAACUUGCAAACUAGUAAUCAAGGAAUAGCAAACAUUUUUAAGUGGUAUUGUGCUAGAAAAAGAUGCUAAUAUACAUCAUACAAGCAAGGUUAGUGGCUGAUACUUGAUUUUCAGAAACUGCAUUACUAAUAAUAUUUCAGUAUACGGAGUUAUAUAAUUUUUACCUUGUAAACACAACAUGAUUUGUAUUUGUGCUAAGUGUAGGGUUUGGACUAAAAUAUUAUAUAAUAAAUUUACACUUUAACAUUUUCUUUGAACUGCCAAAAAACAAUAGGAUUAUUCAGAAA